AUGAGAUUAGCUUUUAAAUCAUUUUAUUCAACGAAUUCUAUAAGUUCAUAUUUCUCUAAACAACCAUUGAAUUAUGAAACAUAUCUUCAACGAUUAAAGAAAUUCCCAACUAUUUAUAACACAUGUGACUCCAAAGAUAAGCAAUCAUUACUUAUAGAUUAUAUCAAUGCGAAUAGAACUUUACAGUUACACAAUACAUAUUAUACUCGUUCUAAUAAUAAAAAUAAAGACUUUCUUGGAAUUCAAUUUUCACCUAACAACCAAGAACUAGAAAGUCAAUUAUAUAAAACAUUAUUCAACAAGUAUAAACAUGAUUCAAUACCUAAUGCUUUGAUUAUUAAGCAAUAUAUCAGCACUCCACCGCAACCUAAAGAUGUUCAACAAACCAUAGAAAUAAUACAGGAGAAUUUAAAGUAUAAUUUACGACACAAUAGAGAUGAUGAUACCUCGGUCUUCUAUACGGCAUUGAAUUCGAUAUUGGAUCAGAAUGAUUAUCUUAAUGGAUUCCGAUUGAUAGACGUAACCCUAAAUUCUCCAGAGUAUCAAGAAUUAAAGAAAAUACGAAUGUUAAGAGGAAUUACAGGAUUUGUUAUUGGAAAUAUUGUAUUGACGGGAGUUGAAUCAACACUUUUACCUUUUGUACCUGAACUUGUCUGGUUAAGUGUCAACUUAAUUUCCACAUCAUUAGUGGUUUAUGGCUUAUAUGGAAUACAAUUGAUUCAAGUGGUUGGCAGGGUAAGUUGGAGGAAGUAUAUAUCACAACUUUAUAAGUAUUUACAUCAACAGGAACUAAUUGCCGUCAAUAAGAUAAUUACACAUUUAGAAGAACACAAUGAAGUAAAUGUCCGAAACUAUCAUCAUUCCAAAGUACGGGACUUGCUGAAUUUGAAAAUGUUUACUACGAAUGAUUACAUUUUGGAAAUGCCAAAUGAAUCCAAUGAAUUAAUAGCUUUGAAUAAUCAAGAUAGCAACAAUCAACCAGAUGAAGAUGUAAAACAAUUACAGCUAUUCUUUAAACAAGAAUUAAACAAGCGAAAAAUGGCCUUGUGUGAUUUAUCUGAUGAGUUGUUGUUUUUAGAGUAUUGGAGAACCCAUGGUGAGAAUUUUAAAUGGGUUGAACCCGAUCAAGAUCCAGGAGAAAUUGUUAAAUUGAAUAUCAAGAAUAAGUAA